GUGACGGUGUUGAGUAAAAACUCAAUUUCCCACAAACACCUUCGCAGACGAUUGUCGGGGUGUCACGGUCAGCUGAUGGCAGUCACAUGACUGACAGACAGACAGACGUAGCAGCUUGUUCGUGGAGUCGGAAAGUAAUAUAUAUGCAAUUAUCACCUUAACAAUAUGUUUUUGAUAACAUCGGAAUCCUCUUGAUCGCCAUUUCUCUUAAAUUAUGAAUGACCUGAUUACCAUCAUCGCACUAAACUAGCUGUCUUAGGUUAUCAUCGAGCUAAAAACGUCAAAAUGAGUCCAGAAGGGAAAGCCCUGCUCAACAUUGUAAUCCUGGGCUUGGGAUUCAUGGUUAUGUUCACUGCUUUUGGGACCUGCGGGAACAUCGAACAAACCGUGAUAAAGAGCUUUAAUAGCACUGAGUUUCAUGGAAGUGGAUACACAAGCAUGGCGAUCAUCUAUGCGGUGUUCUCCGCCUCAAACCUUAUCGCUCCCUCAGUGAUAGCCGUCAUUGGACCGCAGUUAUCUUUGUUUUUCGGUGGUCUUGUUUACAGUGCAUAUAUUGCCGUGUUCAUUCAUCCUUACACAUGGUCAUUCUACACGUUAUCAGUUUUACUUGGAAUUGCAGCUGCAGUGCUAUGGACAGCCCAGGGGAACCUUCUAACCAUUAACUCUAAGGAUUCCACAAUAGGAAGAAACAGUGGAAUAUUUUGGGCAUUGAUGCAGUUUAGCUUAUUCUUCGGCAAUCUGUACAUAUAUCUUGCAUGGCAUGGAAAGACUCACAUAACAGACAAGGAUCGUCAAACUGUCUUCAUCACACUCACGGUCAUCAGCCUAGUUGGCAGCUUCCUCUUUUUCCUGAUCCAGAAGCCAGACCCUGAACCUGCACCAUCUGAUGCCUCUGAGUCACUUCUGCCGACAGACAUCUCAGACAGUAGCUCAGUGGUAGCAUCUCAGGGUCUGGGCUCUCAAGCACUGGAUGCAUUCAAGAAAUCCAUACAACUAGCUAUGACCAAAGAGAUGCUGUUGCUGAGCAUACCUUUUGCUUACUCCGGGCUCGAGCUGACCUUUUACAGUGGGGUAUACGGGACAUGUUUAGGGGCCAUGUCUAAAUUUGGAGGCGACGCUAAGGGUCUCAUCGGCCUCUCAGGAAUUUUGAUUGGCGUUGGGGAAAUAAUAGGAGGGGGAGUGUUCGGGAUCCUGGAUAAAUGUAACCGCUUUGGCAGAAACCCAGUGGUGUUUCUCGGUAUGAUUACCCAUUUUGUGGCAUUCUACCUUAUUUUCCUCAACAUAGCCAGCGAUGCUCCUGUUGCCCCAGAGGAAGGCACACAGAUGCAAGCUUACAUGCAGCCCAGCGUGCUUGUGGCUUUGAUAUGCAGUUUCUUGCUGGGCCUGGGUGACAGUUGCUUUAACACUCAGCUCAUCAGCAUUGUGGGUUUCUUGUUCCGUGAAGACAGCGCCCCUGCCUUUGCCGUCUUCAAAUUUGUACAGUCUAUCACAGCUGCCGUGGCCUUCUUCUACAGUAACUAUCUUCUCCUGCAAUGGCAGCUGCUCAUCAUGGUGCUCAUGGGCUUCUGGGGUACGGUAACUUUCUUUGUGGUGGAGUGGACAGCUAUGAGCACUCGGAAGAACUCUGAUUAUGCCAGUAUCUGAUUAGUUCAGAGACUGACAGAAAUACUUUGGCAGUAUCAUCCUUACAGGCCAUUUCUUCCUCUGGUUUAUUCUUUAGCUUUCUAAACUGGGAAAACACCUUGUAUUACCUGGAUAAAUUCUUUGUUAAACGAAUCGGCGUCAUAGAUUAAUAUUCUUUAAUUGCACAUGAAAAUAAGUUUACUCCUUUAAGGGCCUUUAAUAUUCAGAUGCUGUUACACAACAACAGUUUAUUUGGACAGUGCAAUGCCAGUCACCAUGUGCUGGAAGAUUUAGAACAAUUUUGAUCGCACCGUCUUUCCAACAAUAUCAUAUAUUUUUGUUGGACAUUAAAAGUGUCAAAAUUGAUUCAGAGAAUAGCCAAGAAUGAAAUGUUUCAUAAUUUACUCAGCUUUACAUCAAUCCAAAUCCACGAGAUUUGUGCUAGUGAAACCAUCUAGGAGAAUAUUUGAAAAACAUGUUUAUGCAACUCGACUCUUCGUCACAACAUGUCUGUCAUGUUCUAAAACACAAAGACUAGUAAACACAAAAAAAAAUGAAAAAAAGAGUAAAUAAUUUCAAUGUCAUAUCAUAUGGAUGAACAACCUUUUUUCUGAAACUUGCUGUGAAACUAUUGAAAAGAUCCAAUAACGAUUAGUUUAUAAAGUUUGGUUAAAAAUAUUCUCAUUUUGUCUUCCACUAAAUAUAUAACAAGAUUAAGGCAAUUAAGUAAUGACUUAUUCACCUCUAGGUAUAUGUUUCAUGAAGUAAUUCAGUUGUUGUAGUGAAAUCUAAGAGCAAAUGCAAUAAAUCACUGAGCUGUGGAAUAUAAUAUACACGUACAUAUGCUGUGAAGUGCAGUAUACAAAAAUGUGAAAUUUGUAUUUUUUCACUAACUACAAAAUCAGCAUCAACGUGAGACACCUGACAGCAUCCAGUAAAUAGAUAUCAUUGUUUCUUUGUUUUAACAUUGUUGUCAGUUGACUUUUUUAAAGAUAUUAUUUUUGGCCAAAGAAUGAAUGACUGUUUAGCAGUUUAGCAGUGUCUUUUGUUUUUCCAUAACAAUAUCAAGUUGACAGUAAAGCAAAAGUAAAUAUAUAUCAGAAGGGAUUUGGAAAAUACAUUUGUUAUUAAUCAAUUGCAGUACAUGUGCCGAUGAAAUUAGCAUUUGCAUGAAAUUAGAGUAGCUACAUGUGCUACAAUGCAUUGUUCUAUAAAUUUAACAGAAUCUGUUCAGUUUUACAUGUAAUUGUUUCAGGGCAAUCAACAGGAUUUUGAGGGAAAAUGUGAUAUGAAUAUCUGAAUUUAUACUUGAAUGUAUCUUACUGUAAAAAUGGCAGUGGCACCUGGAUUUCUUUUUUCUUUUUUAAAUAUAUUUAUACAUGGGAUGAAAAAACUUUGUCAGCCUUUGAUUCUUAUUUUUAUGCUUUGCUAAUGUUUAUUAUGCACAUUACUGUGCUGCACAAAUGGUUUUUCAAGUUAAUAAAGGGACAUCUUACUAAUGUUUUCAAUAAAAAAAAUCUCCAUCACAUUAAGAAAGAAGUUAGACAAAGUAAAAACUUACUUCUGCUAAUACAAAAUAUUUUCAUUAAGUGUACGCUUCCAGAAAAAAAACUAAUGUUGUCACUGUGAUUGUACCCUUUUAUGUGCCAGAUGUGUUUACAGAUACAAAUUUGUUAUACAAUAUAUGCACUGUUUAUGUCCUAGUUAGUUACUUAUUUAGUGUUAUAAUUAUGAUUUGUUGUAAUUUAUGAGAUUUUCCAUACAUGGGGCACCAAACCUGAAAUAAUAAUACAUCUAAUCGGAAGAAAAUAAAAAACGAUUGACAUGUUUAAAGAAAAGCAA